GUCUCUCGCUUCAUCUCACAACUUCGACGAGCAUGAUCCUACUAAAAUACUCGGAGGCUAGAGUUACACGUUGACAAGUCAGCCUUCGUGUCCACUAUUCUCGCACCUCAUAACGUCAUGCAUAUGAGCUUCUUCUUCUCUGGUGGUUCUAACAAAGAAGAGAGCUUUUGCUGGCGUCUUGAGAUCAACGAUCAGAUCCCAAGACGUGUGGACUCAAGCGGUUUCUUGGUGAAGACGCUUUGUUUAGACUCGGUGAAUUCGUUAACCCACGAGGUCGUUUCCUCCAUGGUAUUGGAAUUUUCUUUACUUGAUAGCCUCAAGAUUUGUGGUUGCAAGGGAUUGACUUCUCUCACUAUUGAUUCACCAACUAAGCUUCUUCACUUAUCAAUCUCGGGAUGCCCGAAGCUGAGAUAUCUCGAGAUCAGAUCAUUUAAGCUUAAAACUUUUCAUUACCAAGGAUCUCUACCUUUGAUCAAGAUUCAUGAACAUUUCAACUUGACCAAGGCGAUUUUCGACGUAACACAAGGUCCAAGUUAUUACAACAACGGUUUAGACAUCGGUCCUCUCUCGCUGAUCAUCAAGAAUUCUCAAUAUCUUACACUUUGCAGAUGGAUGUUCGAGGAAGUAAUCAAACCGUCCAUAUCAUCAUCUUGGAGAUCAUUCCAAUUCUACAAGUUACAAGAAUUGCGGUGGAUCGAUAACUCGAUGAACCAAGAAAACAUUAAUUCCAUGAUUUCUUUUCUCAAACUUUGCCCAUCAAUCGAGCGCCUCUUCAUUGAUAUCGAUUCAAAUACUUAUAGUUCAAACGAAGAAGUUAGUGUUGAUGCUGUCCAUGCAUGCGAGCAUGCAAGAGUACUAAGGGAUCUGAAACUGGUCAAAUUGGAAGGAUUCGAGAGUGAAGAUAAUAAAAAUCAACUGAUAUUGGCUCUACAACAGAUAGUCAGUAAUGAUCAGCUUCUGCUUGUACUGUCUUCGAUUUCUUGAGAUCGAUACUCUGACUUGGAAUGGAAACGACAAAAGAUUUAUGUCUAAAUAUACACGCAUGAACAUGCUUUAAUUAAUCUGCUGUCAUUUUAACGCGUGGAUUCCUAUUUCUUGCUGUACAAGAAACCCUCGUGUAAACUGAACUCAAAUUUGGCUUCGUCAAGUUCGCAGAUUUAAAGAUUUUUCACCAGUAUGUAUUAUUCUAAUGUAUUUACUAUGAUAUAUUAAUUAAAACAACAUCAAGUUGAUUUUCGCAA